AUCAUAUCACUAUGAAUAGAUCAUAUCACUAUAAUCAUAACAAUAGAUCAUAUCACUAUAGUCACUAAGAAGAGAUCAUGGUUGGAUUUAAAAUUGAACUGAGGGAGUUGACAUCUGGAGACACACGUAUAAUCUCUCCCUCUGGGACAUUGUGAACUCUCGCCUUGUUUCCCCCUUAACUGGUUUUCUCCAGCGAGCAGCACCGACCUCAGCUCAAACCUUCACCCACAGCAGCCACCCGCACAGACUGAGAUACACAUUUGAGACGGACCUGCUGACCCCGGAGCAGCGACUCUUCUAUGAGGAAAAUGGCUUCAUCCUCAUCAAGAACCUGGUGUCGGAGGAGGACAUCGACAAGUUCAGGAAGGAGUUUGAACGCAUCUGUCGAAAGGAAGUGAAAGUUCCCGGCAUGGUGGUGAUGAAGGACGUGGCAAUCGUCAACUCAGAGUUCGUCGAGGAUCAGAGGGCCGUCUCUAAACUCCAGGACUUCCAGGAGGAUCCUGAACUGUUCCGGUACUGCACCCUACCACAGAUCCUGAAGUAUGUGGCGUGUUUCACUGGACCAAACGUCAUGGCCAUGCACACCAUGCUGAUCAACAAGCCUCCUGAUGCAGGUAAGAAGACAUCACGUCACCCGAUGCAUCAGGAUCUGCACUACUUCCCGUUCCGACCGGCCGACCGGAUUGUCUGCUCUUGGACGGCGAUGGAGAAAGUGAACAGGCAGAACGGCUGCUUGGUCGUCCUGCCAGGAACUCACAUGGGCACGCUGCAGGAGCACGACUACCCUGAAUGGGAGGGUGGGGUGAACAAGAUGUAUCACGGUGUACGAGGCUAUGACUCGCAGCUCCAGAGGGUGCACCUGGAGAUGGAGAAGGGCGACACCGUUUUCUUCCACCCGCUGCUCAUCCACGGCUCUGGCAUGAAUCAGACACAGGGCUUCCGCAAGGCCAUCUCCUGCCACUACGCCAGCGCUGAGUGUUAUUACAUCGACGUGAAAGGAACCACACAGGAAAACAUAGAGGAAGAGGUGAAGGAGAUCGCGGCCAGGAAGUACGCUGUGGACGAAAUCACUUUCAAGGAUGUCUGGGCUUUCAGAGGUCGUCUGGUGCAGGGAGAGAGAGUUUCCCUGUGAGGACGCCAUAGAUGUGCUUCAGAAGACGGCAACUUAUAGGAAAAUCCCUAUAUUCUUUUAGCAGAGGAGGAAUAGAGUGUUUAAGACUACUUACUGUACAUCUAAUCAUGCUCAGUAGAGUGGGGGCAUUUGUUCUGGAAAAGUGCAUUUUGUCCUAAUAGAAAACAUAAAGACAGAGAAUAAGAUUGAAAUGAAAUAUGUAAUUUACUGAGUCCUGAUGAAAAUGAAUCCUCUGACUUUCUUUCAACCUCCUGGAAUCUUCCGGAACAAUGGAACACAAUGGAAAUAGGUGUUUAAUUCACCAAAACCUUCAUAGAAAGGGACGUUAAGUUGACAGAUAUAAGCCUCAGAAAGACUUGUGACAUGUUGCUUUGACAGGAAAAUGAGAAUUACUGACUGGCUGAUUAAAGCACUAACAUGGGUCAUGACUAGGGUAGGUCCAAUAUUCUAUUCUAAUCUGGUACCAAUCUGGUGAAAUGUUUAUAUAACAAAAUCAUCCUUAUUCUUUUAAGACACAUUAUUUCUUUAUUUUACAUGUGUCUGUUGUUCGACAACAUUCUAAGGAAUUAGUGAUGUGUUGCCACUUCAGAUAAGCAAUGAUAUCUCAGAAACAAAUCAUAUAUCUUUUAGGAACUGAUAAGCAGAACUUUCUUUUCUCACUGGUAACUGACACUUGGGAUUUGGUUUUAAUUUGGAACAGAGACUCGACUCCAGCCUUGACCGUUUAAACUGCCUUAUAAACGUAUCACUGUGUAAAUCUUCUUGUUUCAGUGGAUUGAGUGUUUGAUAAUGAGUGAGUGGGUUUUAAUAUCGUUUGUAUGAUAAUUAUAAAGUUUUAAUAACAUUAAUAAUAAAACUCGCUGCUAUAGUUA